UGUAAUGAUGUUUUGAAAGAGUGCUCUCGCUGGCGCAUGCUCUUGCGCAUGCAUAUAUGUUCUCUCUCUCUCUCUCCAGCCAUACCCUGGUAGUAUCCUUCUCAAGCUCUAGGCUUGCGUGUGGCUAUCCAGGUUAAUGAGUAACAAGGUAAUUGACGGACUGAUGUUUGUAAAGUCUUCUGAAAAUGAAAACUAUCAAUUAAUGUGGCAUAAAUACAUUCAAGAAAUUGCUGGAGGAAGACGAAGCCUCAAAGUGCUGCAGAACUAUGGUCUUGAAACAGACAACAUGAAGAAUUUGGUUCUUAAACUGCGAGCGUCAUCCAAUAAUCUCCAGAAUUACAUCAGCAGCCGAAGGAAAAGUUCAAAUUAUGAUGGGAAUACCUCACGCAAGCCCCCCAAUGAAUUCCUUACAUCUGUGGUGGAGCUUAUCGGGGCUGCUAAAGCCUUGCUUGCAUGGUUGGACAGGGCCCCAUUUACAGGUAUUGCUGACUUUUCCUCAAUGAAGAACAGAAUCAUUCAGCUGUGCUUGGAUCUCACUACUACUGUUCAGAAGGAUUGCACUGUGGCUGACAUGGAAGAUAAAGUUCAAACUGUAUCGAAGACUUUAAAUGGAAUUUGUGAUAAAGCCAUCCGAUCAACUACAGACCCGUUAAUGAGCCAGUGUGCUUGUCUGGAAGAGGUUCAUUUAACCAACAUUAAACCUGGGGAAGGCCUGGGAAUGUACAUCAAAUCAACUUAUGAUGGAUUGCAUGUAAUUACUGGAACUACAGAAAAUUCCCCUGCUGAUCGAUCUCAGAAGAUUCAUGCUGGUGAUGAAGUGAUCCAGGUUAAUCGGCAAACUGUGGUGGGAUGGCAACUAAAAAAUCUGGUAGGAAAGUUGCGAGAGAAUCCUGCUGGAGUUAGGCUGCUGCUUAAGAAACGGCCCAGUGGCUCUUUCAAUUUCACUCCUGCUCCGCUGAAGAACCUGCGCUGGAAACCACCCCUAGUGCAGACCAGUCCUCCACCAACUUCAACGCAGUCACCAGAAAGCACCAUGGAUUCCUCACUGAAAAAAGAGAAGCCAGCCAUUUUGGAUCUCUACAUACCACCUCCACCAGCUGUUCCAUAUUCUCCUCGAGAUGAAAAGGGGAGUUUUGUUUAUGGCGGAGGCAACAAACCCAGUCUGCCGCUACCUGGGUCCAAGGGUGCCGAAUCUCCCAAUUCUUUUCUGGAUCAGGAGAGUCGAAGGCGAAGGUUUACUAUUGCUGAUUCUGAUCAGUUGCCUGGAUAUCCCGUGGAAGCAAAUAUACGACCAACCAAGAUGAGGGAAAAAACACAGUCCUAUGGAAAACCUCGUCCUCUGUCAAUGCCUGCUGAUGGGAGCUGGAUAGGAGCUGCAGAACCCUUCUCAAGGCCCCGAGCACCAGGGAGAAAAGGCAAGAUUUGAGCCUCAUCCCCCUUUCUCUAUCUUUCUCCUUCCCAAAGCUGUUGGGAUGAAUGGAACAAAAAUGUGUA